AUGGUCGAUUUCCCAUAUUCUAGUGCUCCCUUGCGGACGGUUAAAGAAGUGCAAUUCGGCAUUUUCUCGCCGGAAGAAGUGCGUGCCAUCAGUGUGGCCAAAGUAGAAUUUCCAGAGACCAUGGACGAAACGCAAAUGAGAGCCAAAAUCGGUGGGUUGAACGAUCCUCGUCUGGGCUCCAUCGACCGUAACUUCAAGUGUCAAACCUGUGGUGAAGGCAUGAACGACUGUCCCGGUCAUUUCGGACACAUCGAGCUGGCGAAACCCGUUUUCCACAUCGGUUACAUAUCCAAAAUCAAGAAGGUUUGCGAGUGUGUGUGCAUGCACUGCGGCAAACUUUUACUAGAUGAACACAGCGAGCUGAUGAGACAAGCAAUCAAAAUAAAGGACCCCAAGCGGAGGUUCAAUGCCGUUUGGUCUCUUUGCAAAGCCAAAAUGGUUUGCGAGACCGAGGUUCCUUCCGAUGACGAUCCCACUCAGUACGUAUCCAGAGGCGGUUGUGGGAACACUCAACCGAGCAUAAGGAAAGACGGCCUUUCGCUAGUGGGUACAUGGAAGAAGGACAAAGGAGCCGACGAUGCCGAUCAACCUGAAAGACGUAUCAUUUCCGCUGACGAAGUUCUCAACGUUUUCAAGCACAUUUCACCAGAAGACUCAGUACGCCUCGGAUUUAACGAAGAUUUUGCGCGUCCAGAAUGGAUGAUAUUGACUGUUUUGCCAGUGCCUCCACCUCCAGUGCGUCCUUCGAUUUCCUUCAAUGAGACUCAAAGAGGUGAAGAUGAUUUGACUUACAAGCUCGGUGACAUUUUAAAAGCCAAUAUCAAUGUUCAAAGACUCGAGAUCAACGGGUCCCCACAGCACGUUAUUCAGGAAUCGGAGUCCUUGCUGCAGUUUCACAUUGCCACCUACAUGGACAACGAUAUUGCUGGACAGCCUCAGGCUUUGCAAAAGUCCGGCCGUCCAAUCAAAUCUAUUCGUGCCCGUUUAAAGGGUAAAGAAGGGCGCAUCAGAGGUAACCUUAUGGGUAAGCGUGUUGAUUUCUCAGCACGUACUGUUAUUUCAGGUGAUCCAAACCUAGAUCUGGAUCAGGUAGGUGUACCAAAGUCCAUUGCCAGAACUUUGACUUACCCCGAAGUUGUGACUCCGUACAAUAUCGACCGCUUAACACAAUUGGUGCGGAACGGGCCCAAUGAGCACCCCGGUGCUAAAUAUGUCAUUCGUGACAAUGGUGAUCGUAUAGAUCUGAGGUACAGUAAAAGGGCAGGUGACAUCCAGCUCCAAUAUGGUUGGAAGGUAGAACGGCACAUUAUAGAUGAUGACCCCGUUCUAUUCAACCGUCAACCCUCGCUGCACAAAAUGUCGAUGAUGGCUCACAGAGUUAAAGUUAUGCCUUAUUCUACAUUCAGAUUGAACUUGUCCGUCACUUCGCCAUAUAAUGCCGAUUUCGAUGGUGAUGAAAUGAAUUUACACGUGCCUCAGUCGGAAGAGACUAGAGCGGAACUUUCGCAACUUUGCGCAGUGCCGCAGCAAAUCGUAUCUGCUCAGUCGAACAAGCCAUGUAUGGGUAUCGUUCAAGAUACCUUGUGUGGUGUUCGUAAAAUGACUUUGAGAGAUACUUUCAUCGAGCUGGAUCAAGUUCUUAACAUGCUUUACUGGAUCCCGGACUGGGACGGCGUGAUCCCCACUCCUACAAUCUUAAAACCUAAACCACUAUGGUCUGGUAAGCAAAUAUUGUCUAUCGCAAUUCCAACCGGUAUCCACUUGCAAAGAUUUGACGAAGGCACAACACUUCUGUCUCCUAAAGACAAUGGUAUGCUGAUCAUUGAUGGUCAGAUCAUUUUCGGAGUGGUGGACAAAAAGACAGUAGGAUCUUCCAGUGGUGGUUUAAUUCACGUCGUAACGAGAGAAAAGGGUCCAAAAAUAUGUGCAAGGCUUUUUAGCAAUCUGCAAAAAGUCGUCAACUUUUGGCUGCUUCACAAUGGUUUCUCUAUCGGUAUUGGUGAUACAAUUGCUGAUGAGAAGUCCAUGAGAGAAAUUACUGAUGCGAUCAUGGUAGCAAAGAAAAAGGUCGAAGAAGUUACGAAAGAGGCUCAGGCAAACCUGCUGACAGCGAAACACGGUAUGACUCUACGUGAGUCGUUUGAAGAUAAUGUUGUGCGUUACCUGAAUGAAGCCAGAGACAAAGCUGGUCGGUCUGCAGAAGUGAAUUUGAAGGAUUUGAAUAACGUCAAACAAAUGGUGAGUGCGGGUUCUAAAGGUUCAUUUAUUAAUAUUGCUCAAAUGUCUGCUUGUGUGGGUCAGCAAUCUGUUGAGGGUAAACGUAUCGCGUUUGGUUUUGCGGAUCGUACGUUGCCACAUUUCUCUAAGGACGAUUACUCUCCGGAGUCAAAAGGUUUCGUGGAAAAUUCAUACUUGAGAGGAUUAACUCCACAAGAAUUCUUUUUCCACGCAAUGGGUGGUCGUGAGGGUCUGAUUGAUACUGCUGUCAAAACAGCCGAGACUGGUUACAUCCAGCGUCGUCUGGUGAAGGCUCUUGAGGAUAUUAUGGUUCAUUACGACGGUACAACGAGAAACUCUUUGGGAAACGUAAUUCAAUUUAUCUAUGGUGAAGACGGUAUGGAUGCUGCUCAUAUUGAAAAGCAAUCAAUCGAUAGUAUUGCCGCAUCCGAUGCUGCCUUUGAGCGCAGGUACAGAAUUGAUCUACUAAAUCCUAAGCACGCUCUCGAUCCCUCCCUGUUAGAAUCCGGAUCAGAGAUCGUGGGUGACCUAAAGUUGCAAGCGCUUUUGGAUGAAGAAUACAAGCAACUUCUCGAGGAUCGCGCAUUUUUGAGAAAGAUCUUUGUCGACGGUGAACAGAACUGGCCUCUACCAGUGAACAUUAGACGUAUUAUUCAAAACGCACAGCAGACUUUCCGGAUCGAGCACUCCAAAGCCACUGAUUUGACUAUCAGGGACGUUCUAUUUGGAGUUAAGGACCUACAAGAAAGGCUUCUCGUUUUGCGCGGCAAAAGUCAGCUAUUGCAAGAGGCUCAAAAGAAUGCUGUUACAUUGUUCUGUUGUCUAUUGCGGUCUCGUUUGGCUUCUCGCAGAGUUAUUCAAGAAUACAGACUAACAAAGCAGACCUUUGACUGGGUAAUGGACAAUGUUGAGGCUCAAUUUUUGAGGUCCAUUGUUCACCCUGGUGAAAUGGUUGGUGUCCUUGCCGCUCAAUCCAUUGGUGAACCUGCCACUCAAAUGACAUUGAAUACUUUCCAUUUUGCUGGUGUUGCAUCGAAGAAAGUCACUUCGGGUGUUCCUCGUUUAAAGGAAAUUUUGAACGUUGCCAAAAACAUGAAGACCCCUUCACUUACGGUGUACCUCGAAGAAGACUACGCCGCAGAUCAAGAGAAGGCUAAGCUUAUCAGAUCUGCCAUCGAGCACACAACAUUGAAAAGUGUUACAGUCGCAUCUGAAAUUUACUACGACCCUGACCCUCGUUCCACUGUCAUCGAAGAUGAUGAAGAAAUUAUUCAACUGCACUUUUCUUUGAUGGACGAAGAAACUGAGCAAUCUCUUGACCACCAAUCGCCAUGGUUGUUGCGCCUGGAACUAGAUCGCGCUGCCAUGAAUGACAAAGACUUGACUAUGGGUCAAGUUGGUGAGAAAAUCAAAGAAACUUUCAAGAACGAUCUUUUCGUCAUAUGGUCCGAAGAUAAUGCUGAAAAACUGGUAAUUCGGUGCCGUGUCGUUCGUGACCCCAAGACUUUGGAUGUUGAAGCAGAAGCUGAAGAAGAUCAUAUGUUGAAAAGGAUUGAAAACACGAUGUUGGAGAGUAUUACUCUGCGUGGCGUCGAAGACAUUACUCGUGUCGUUAUGAUGAAAUACGAUCGCAAAGUGCCUAGCCCCACGGGUGAAUAUCACAAGGUCCCUGAAUGGGUUCUGGAAACUGAUGGUGUUAACCUUGCUGAGGUCAUGAGUGUACCCGGAGUCGAUCCAGCCCGUAUUUACACAAAUUCGUUCAUUGAUAUCAUGAACGUGUUGGGUAUUGAGGCAGGUCGUGCAGCCCUUUACAAGGAAGUUUACAACGUUAUUGCAUCCGAUGGUUCUUAUGUCAAUUACCGCCAUAUGGCUUUGCUGGUUGACGUAAUGACUUCUCAAGGUUUCUUGAUGUCGGUAACCCGUCACGGGUUCAAUCGGUCUGACACUGGUGCUCUUAUGAGAUGUUCUUUCGAAGAGACAGUAGAAAUUCUGUUCGAAGCAGGUGCUGCAGCUGAGCUUGAUGAUUGUCGCGGUGUUUCCGAAAAUGUGCUCUUGGGUCAAGUUGCUCCUAUUGGUACCGGUGCUUUUGAUGUUAUGAUCGACGAAGAGUCGCUUGUCAAGUUCAUGCCUGAACAGAAAGUCAGCGAGAUCGCCGACGGCCAGGAUGGCUCUAGGACUCCUUACAACAAUGAAAGCGGCCUAGUAAAUGCUGAUAUUGAUGUAAAGGACGAACUCAUGUUCUCGCCUAUGGUUGAUUCCGGCUCUACCGAUGCCAUGUCGGGUGGUUUCACAGCAUACGGUGGUGCAGACUAUGGUGGUGCAUCAUCUCCUUUCAGUGGCUACGGUGAUGGGCCCUCGUCACCAGGAUUCGGAGGGGUUGCCUCGCCAGGCUUUUCUCCUUCCUCUCCAGCUUAUUCUCCUACGUCGCCAAGUUACAGCCCAACUUCGCCAAGUUACAGCCCAACUUCGCCAAGUUAUAGUCCAACCUCACCAUCUUAUUCCCCAACCUCGCCAUCAUAUUCCCCAACUUCGCCAAGCUACAGUCCUACAUCACCAUCCUACUCGCCUACUUCGCCAUCAUACUCGCCUACGUCUCCAAGCUACAGUCCAACGUCGCCAAGUUACAGUCCGACUUCACCAUCGUAUUCGCCUACUUCUCCAAGCUACAGCCCGACUUCACCAUCGUACUCGCCAACUUCUCCAAGUUACAGUCCGACAUCGCCUUCUUAUUCACCCACAUCUCCUAGCUACAGCCCAACGUCUCCGUCAUACUCACCAACAUCCCCCUCCUAUUCCCCAACAUCUCCAUCAUAUUCACCCACAUCGCCAAGCUACAGCCCGACUUCACCCUCUUACUCGCCUACUUCACCAUCCUAUUCUCCUACAUCACCUAGCUAUAGCCCAGGCUCACCAUCAUACUCGCCUAACUCCCCAAAGCGCGAUGACAAUAACAGCAACAAUAACAACAAUAACAACAAUAACAACAACAACUCUCGUUGA